CUCCGCGUCCCCGUUGCCAGGGGCGCUGGGGGCGGUGCGCUUUCCGGCGCUGUCGCGGCGAGUCGCAGCUGUCAUGGCGGAGACGGUCUGGAACCCUGACACCGGGGAGGCUGUGUAUCGCUCCCGGGACCCCGUGCUCAACUUGCGCCUCCGAGUCCACCUGCAAAGAAUCACAUCCAGCAACUUCCUCCGUUACCAGCCCGUUGCCCAGCUUGGGAAGGACCUCAUAGACUUGGCCACUUUUAGGCCUCACCCAACUGCCAGAGGUGGACAUCGCUCAGAGGAAGAGGAAGAGGAAGAGGUCGUGAUUGGGUGGCAGGAGAAGCUCUUUAGCCAGUUUGAAGUAGAUCUGUACCGAAAUGAAGCAGCCUGUCAGAGCCCUUUGGAUCAUCAAUACCGUCAAGAGAUCCUGAAGCUGGAGGAUUCUGGUGGCAGGAAGAACCGAAGGAUUUUUACCUACACGGACUCUGAUAGAUACACCAACGUGGAGGAGCACUGUCAGAAAAUGACCACUGCAGCCCGGGAGGUACCAUCAUUUUUGGUUGAACGAAUGGCCAAUGUCAGGCGACGACGGCAGGACAGGCGAGGGAUGGAAGGCGGCAUCCUCAAGUCACGAAUUGUCACCUGGGAACCCUCAGAAGAGUUUGUCAGGAACAACCAUGUCAUCAACACCCCUCUUCAGACAAUGUACAUCAUGGCAGACCUUGGGCCGUAUGGAAAACUUGGCUAUAAGAAGUAUGAACAUGUCCUCUGUACUCUGAAGGUGGACAGCAAUGGUGUGAUCACAGUAAAACCUGAUUUCACUGGCCUCAAAGGACCCUACAGAAUUGAGACUGAGGGGGAGAAGCAGGAGGUGUGGAAGUAUACAGUGGACAAUGCAUCCUCCCUCGCACAGCCAGAGGAGGAAGAGCGGGAACAGCGUGUGUUCAAGGAUCUUUAUGGCCGGCACAAGGAGUAUCUCAGCAGCCUUGUGGGCACGGACUUUGAGAUGACUGCCCCAGGUGCCCUCCGGCUCUUUGUAAACGGAGAGGUAGUUUCAGCCCAAGGCUAUGAGUAUGACAAUCUCUACGUCCACUUCUUUGUGGAAUUGCCAACCACUAAUUGGUCAAGCCCAACAUUCCAGCAGCUCUCAGGAAUAACACAGACCUGUGCCACCAAAUCCCUGGGAAUGGAGAAGGUGGCUUACUUCUCCUACCCAUUCACAUUUGAGGCCUCUUUCCUCCAUGAAGACGAAUCUACUGAUGCUCUCCCAGAGUGGCCUGUGCUCUACUGUGAGGUCCUCUCACUGGACUUCUGGCAGAGGUAUCGUGUGGAAGGCUACGGGGCCAUGGUGCUGCCUGCUACCCCAGGCUCGCACACCCUGACCGUCUCCACGUGGAGGCCCAUGGAGCUCGGCACGGUGGCUGAGCUGAGGAGGUUUUUCAUUGGCGGCUCUCUGGAACUGGAGGACCUCACCUACGUGCGGAUACCAGGAACCUUCAAGGGGGAGCGUCUGAGCCGCUUUGGGUUCCGCACCGAGACCACAGGCAGUGUCACAUUCCGCUUGCACUGUCUGCAGCAGUCCAGGGCCUUCAUGGAGUCAAGCUUCCUCCGGAAAAGGAUGCGGAGUGUGCUGGACCGUCUGGAAGGUUUCAGCCAGCAGAGUUCAGUUCACAGUGUGCUGGAGGCCUUCCGUCGUGCCCGGCGCCGCAUGCAGGAGGCCCGAGAGAGCCUUCCCCAGGACCUGGUGAGCCCCUCGGGAACCAUGGUUUCCUAGCUCACUGUGGCCCCGGUCCCCUGUGCAAGAGGACAAGACGGGUACCAUCUGAGGCCAGUGCCCUCCCGCGUCUUCAUCUUUCUCACAAGUGAUCCCAUUGGACUGCCGAGAACCAGAAGAGCUGAGCAAGUCCCAGGCCAGCCCCUCUGCCUAAUCUUCAGCAGGGCCUCCCCACUGCUGGGUAGCAAUAACGCUGGAGACCCUAUGGUGCCCCUCUUCAUAUUUCCUUUCCUGCAAGUGGCUGUCACAACAAGGCAGGCCUAUUGGGUUAGCCCAGUGUGGGGUUCUCUUUUCUGGCUUGUCUCACUGUCUCAAGAGCAGGGAGCUGCAGGUGCCUCCUGCUUCUCAGCCUGCCUUACAUAUGGAGGCUCAAGUAAGGGAAGAAGGAGAGAUCUUGAAUUCCUGCCUGAAAGCCUCAGCCUCCUUUCUAGGGUAGCCUUGUCCUGCUGCCUGGGGUUUGUUGGGUUUGAGAUAUGAGUAAGUGAAGGCUGAAGGCAGUGCCCUCUCUGCUAGCCAGGUAGUAUCUUUUAUUGUGCUUUUUGUACAUAAGAACUUUUUAUACUGACUGACAUGUCGGCUGUUUUUGUAUUCAGGUUGCUGGUGUGGCCAAAGUAUUCUCCUGAACCUUCUCCCUUUCUGCCCUUUCCUACUCCAGAGUGUCUCUUUGGGUUAAGUCAGCCCGCAGGAGAAAUUUAGGGGUUAGUGCUGGUGGUGUCCUGGCAGUGCUCCUCUUAAAUAUUUGGAGCAAAGCAUGGGACUGUAGUUAUGCCCUCCCCAGCCCAACGCAGAAACCAGCUCUUGGCCUCAGCAGUCCUUUAUUGGUACAACCAGAGCACGCUGCCCAGCCUGCAGGCUCCAGCAGAGGAUUGUGGGGCGGCUGGGGCUGGGUGUGGUGUGGGCUGCAGUCAUGGGUGGGGGAUGGGGAUAGGCUGGGAAAUAGGAAAAAGAGACUGGAAACCAUCCAGAUAACUCUUCUUGCCUGAGCCUCAAGACCUCCUUACACUGGGAGCCAGCUGAUGCCUGACCAAAUACCUAGGAGGCUCCCAAGGUGGGAGGGUUCAUUGCUGCCAAGAGCGCCAGCUGUCAGCCACGGAACCAGCUCUGAGCCAUAGCCAGCAGAAGCGUCAGCAGAUGUGGUUGCUCCAGGGUAAAAGGCAGCCUUGUGGUCUUCCUCAGGUUCCCUUGUGUAUAAGGCUGGAGGCUUGGGAUGGGCUCCUGUGGAAGAAGCACAAGUGGACAAGGAAGGAACUUGCUUGUAUCCAGACAGAGCUCUUUUAGGGUCCCAAAGACUAAGCUGAAGCUAAUUGGACACUUCCUAACUGCCCCCCAAAGUCCUAGGCUUUGGAUUAACUAUCCAUCCUGAAGCUAGCAUACCAGAAGCCACUAGGAAAGAUUACCCUGCCUGUAGUGACAAGUAUUGUCUCUGUUAGAGGUCUUAAGGGACUCAGCCACCUGGCCCAGGGGAAGAUGCAAAGGCCUGGCCCCGCCCAGAGCCAUUGGAGGAGGGCCUUCCCUUACCUGCAGAGGCCUCAUCUGCCUCGCCAGGCUGACAGGUUCAACCUGGGGAUGCGGCUGCAGCUCACAAAGCCCCGUGGGAAAACGUUGGCCCUGAAGAUGUCCCUCGAAACGGUGGUGAUGCCCGUAUUGUCACACACAAUUCGAGACAAGGAAAUCUGGCGCAGGGCCUUGCGCUGUCUCUUGGUGAAAACACCCUUUUUUUCCCACCAGAACCUACCGAGAUAAGUGGAGGGAUGUGGGUGAAGGUUAGGGAAGAAUUAACAUAAUAGGCAUCUGCUGUAUGCCAGGUACUUGACAUCAUUUCAUUGAAUUCUCCAGAAUUCCUGCAAAAUAGGUAUUCCACUUUUAUAAAUGAAGAAACAGGUUCAGAGGUCAAGUAAAUUGCUCAAUAUUAAACACAGUAAUUUUAGUGGCCUGGGUUGGAUUUGAACCCAAGUAAAUGCCAAAUCCAAAUAAGGAGUCAGGUCUUAAGCCAUAAGCUUUGUUGGAAGUAAAUCAGAUUUAGCCCUUCCUGCUCAUGUUUUCUGGGAUCCAUUAGCGAGGAACAGCGAGGAACAAGUCUGCUUUGUGGGCUAAAGGUGCAUGUAGCUCAGAUGCCAUCAGCCUUGCCUGGCCCAUGGUCUCUCUUGCUCUGACUGACCUCUCCACAGAGAAAUCUCCUGAUCUCAGACCCUGUGAAUUUGGAAGAAAUGAAUCUAAAAAGGGCACUAUCCCCCUUACCGAGUCUUGACAUGCUAGUGCUUUUCUGCCCUGCCUCUGGGGCUGGUCUUUUUAGGGGAGAGUCACUUACCUGUCACCACUUCGGGCUCUGUUAAACUGUUUUUCAAAAAGACAAGCCAGAAGAGGCCCCACUCGGGCCCCCGGCAAAAGAGGCUCUGCGAUGGCCCCAAUCCAGAUGUCAAUGUUGUCAGGUGUCCCAUACAGAUUUAGGAACUUCCUUGCCAAAUCCUGGUUUCGUAGCACCCGGCUAAGCUGUGCCAGAUUCCGGGGCUGGGAGAGGCUACAGAAGCGCCUCCAGGCAUUGUACCCUGUAGGGAGAGGGGGCAGAGGCGGUUCAGUCUUACCCUGCUGCCUUCCCCUUAGCUUCUGCUUCUCCACAGCUUCUCCUGAGAGAGCUCUGUGGUCAGGAAAUGUCAGGCAGAACAAGAUCUCUGCUGACAGAAGAGGGCCAAAACUUGCAAAGAUCAAACCACUGCCCUCUAAUUUUCAAAGUGAGUGGACAACCAUGCAUCAACCAAGGAGUGUGUCCUAACAUAAGAAGCUGCUGUAACUCAACAAUCAUAACCAUAAAGACAUUACUGGGCACCAAUGCAUCAGUUAGGUACAAAUAAGAUGGACCCAGAACAUAAAAGACUCUUAAUCAGGUUUUGAGAAGGCAUGAAUAAACACAUAGGUGAACAAACCAA